AUGACAUUGUGUCAAAUUGCUCAUCAUAUUCAGAAGGAAAAUUUAGUUACUUACUUAAUUUCUAUCUAUCUGUUUGUCUAUAACUGUCUCUUCCUAUCUAUCUAUCUAUCUAUCUAUCUAUCUAUCUAUCUAUCUAUCUAUCUGUCUGUCACAGUCUUGAUAUAUCUAUCUGUCUAUCUCAUCUCUUUCUAUCCAUCUAUUUAUCUAUCUAGCUAUCUAUCAGAAUCUCUUCUUAUCUAUCUAUCUAUCUAUCUAUCUAUAGAAAUAUUCCAAGUUUUUAUAUUUCCUUUUCUUUUCUUUUUAUUUCUCUUCAUUUUGUUUAUGUCUUUUCCAUAUUAUUUUUUCCUUUUUUUAUCUUUGGAAUUUUCUGUGUUUUCUUUUUCUUAUCUUUUAUCAUGUUUUGUUUUUCUUCUUUUAGUUUUUAUUUUUUCAUUUAUCUUUCCUUCUAUUUUGGAUUAA